AUGGCGGUACCAAAAAUCCCAAGAUCCUUCCUCAUCCUCUCCGAAACCCACAACCACGUCCUCAACCCCUCACUAACCUACCCACUGGACCAACCGCUUCCAAAGGUAGACGUGCUCCUCCACUGCGGCGACCUGACCAAAGUAGGCGCCACGUCCGCUUUCAAGGCUGCUCUGAAAAUGCUCGCCCACUUCGACGCAGAACUUAAGCUCGUGAUAGCCGGUAAUCGCGACCUAGACCUCGACGCCGCCUACGUCGAUAACCCGAGCGAGUACGAAGAGAACGUGGAGAUCAUGACUGGACCUCUUGCAAAAGCUGCUGGGGUCACGUAUCUGACUGAGGGGACGUAUAGGUUUACUCUCAGUUCUGGAGCGAAGUUUAGUAUUUUCGCUCCGCCGUUUACGCCUGCGUUUGGAGAUUAUGCGUUUGGGUAUCAACGUGGGGAGGGACGGUGGAGGAUCCCUGAGGGGGUUGGAUGUUGUUAUGACGCAUGGGCCUCCGUGUGGGACUCUGGAUCUUGUCAGAGGCGAGCAUUUGGGCUGCGAGACGCUGGCUCGAGCGAUCGUGAGGGUAAAGCCGUUGGUUAUGGGUUUCAGGUCAAGGAGUGGCAGGAUGAGAAGCCCGGUGCGCAUGAAUCCCGAAGCAUCCAGAUUUCGAAAGCAGGGACCGAUGCGGAGCCGGAACGAUUCGAGAUCGUGGGGGGAAGGAGUACGUUGAUGAUCAAUGCGGCGAUCAUGCACAAGCCAGCGGAAGAUGAGUCGGAGAAUAACACGGAGCGGCCAAGGCCUGAGCCGUCGAAUGCACCGUGGUUGGUCCAUAUCCCUCUGGACCGAGCAUGA